AUGCUGAUUCUAUUACUUCCACUGCUGGCUGUUCUCCUCCCAGGCAGCAACCCUGCAAAUGGGGUCCAGGAACACACCUCCUUCCAAGUAAUCCAGAUCUCAUUCUAUGCUAACCAAUCGUGGGCACAGAAUCAGGGAUCUGGUUGGCUGGGCAAGCUGCAGACUCAUGGCUGGGAGAGUGAAUCAGGAACCAUCAUUUUCCUGCACACCUGGUCCAGGGGCAACUUCAGCAAUGAAGAACUUGUCGACCUGGAGCUGCUGUUUCAUUUCUACUUCAUUGGAUUAACUAAGGAGGUUCAAAACUAUGCCAGUCAAUUACAGUUCAGAUAUCCCUUCACCGUUCAGGUGAGAGCCGGCUGUGAGCUGCUCUCUGCUGAGAGCCCAAGAAGCUUCUUCCAGGUGGCAUUUGAAGGCUCAGAUUUCAUGAGUCUCCAGGACACGACGUGGCUGCCAGCUCCGGAGGGCGGCGAUCAGGCCCAGAAGGUCUGUGACCUAUGCAAUCAGUACGAAGGCAUCAAGGAAAUGGCAAAGAGCCUUGUCAAAAACACUUGUCCCCGAUUUCUCUUGGGCCUCCUGGAUGCAGGGAAGAUGGACCUUCAGAGACAAGUGCUGCCGGAGGCCUGGCUGUCCAGUCGCCCCAGUCCUGGGUCUGGCCGACUGCUGCUGGUGUGUCACGUCUCUGGUUUCCACCCGAAGCCCAUUUGGGUGAUGUGGAUGCGGGGUGAGCAGGAGCAGCUGGGCACGAAAGAAGGUGACAUUCUCCGGCACGCGGAUGGGACGUGGUACCGUCGGGUGAGCCUGGAGGUGGCGCCUGCGGAGGCGGCCGGGCUGUCCUGUCGAGGGAGGCACAGCAGCCUGGGGGACCAGGACAUCAUCCUCCACGGGGGACACGGCCUGUCCAUGAGCUUGAUCGCCGUGGCAGUGAUGGCGCCCCUGGUGCUUCUGGCGGUUCUGGUGCUGUGCUGUAAGAAGCGCUGGUGA